GCGGGGCGCGUUCUGCGCUUGCGUUUUUCCCUCCCGGAAGUGGCUCUGGGCUGUGCCAGUUCCGCUUCCCCGCGCGCGCUGCUCGGCCUGUGCGGCUCGCGGGACGGGCGGCGCCAUGGCCGGCAUUAAAGCCUUGAUUAGCCUGUCCUUUGGGGGAGCAGUCGGACUAAUGUUCUUGAUGCUUGGAUGUGCCCUUCCCCAAUACAACCAGUACUGGCCACUGUUUGUUCUGUUUUUUUACAUCCUUUCUCCUAUCCCGUACUGCAUAGCAAGAAGAUUAGUAGAUGACACAGACGCUACAAGUAAUGCCUGCAAGGAGCUAGCAAUAUUUCUUACAACAGGCAUUGUGGUCUCAGCAUUUGGGCUACCAAUAGUAUUUGCAAGAGCAGAACUGAUUUACUGGGGCGCGUGCGCACUUGUUCUUACGGGGAAUACAGUCAUCUUUGCCACGAUCCUAGGAUUUUUCUUGGUCUUUGGCAGCAAUGACGACUUCAGCUGGCAGCAGUGGUAAAAGGAAGAUAAGAGAACUAUCACAGGCAUCUUGUCAUGCAGUGGCCAUCCAUACAAACGAGAGAAUGGGCAAUAAAGAGAAGUAGUGUAGCAAGCCUCUUGGGUAUUCUAGAUGCUCCUUUUCACCUUGUUCGUUCCGAGUGUACUACUGUUGCUGACAGGGUUUCUACAUUUUGACAAAGUGGAGAGAUUAUUGAUUUCAUUUUUACCUAUGGUAUGUUUUUAGGUGCUCUCUUGGUUUGAAAUUGUCAUCCUGCUGUCCAGUGUUUAUGUGAAGCUUUAAAUCUGGAACAAGAACAUUUAAACAUGGUUUCAAAGAAGAUUUAAAGUUUUUUGGUUUUUUUUUUGUUUUUUUGGUUUUGGGGUUUUUUUAAGUUAAGCAUUAAUACUAUGUUUCAAAAUAUUUUUUUUUUAAUAUGAUGAUUAAAUUACAAGCUGAAUGGAGGUAAGAGAUUGCACACCACCAUUGUCAAUUACCAGAUCAAUAGAUUGUUGCUAUAUUUUAGCAGAGGCAAGGUGGGGCAGGGAGUACCAGUUGCAGAUUUUUCUUCUGCCCAUACCUCACACUGGGUGAUGAAUGUUGAUAGCCUUCGUUUCAGGAGAAGGCUGAGGAGCAGGUAGAGUUAUUUGGGAGAAGUCCUAAACUUUAACACUGCUAGCACUUUUACCUGCUUCAUUAUCAAUUCUUGUGUGGAUGUGACAUUCAAAUACUCUAAAUGUAUUGAUGCUAUGACAUAUAAAACUGAAUUGUAUUGUAGGGGAAGGGAAAAUGAUGUUUAAAUUCCAUUUUUUUAAAAAAAUAUCUUUGGAACUCUAUUUAUAAGUAUUGUAUGGUUUUGAACUUACGUCAGCUUUUUACCACAAAGAUGGUAAAAUGUUCAUUUAUGGAACUACUGGGUCUGUUUUAAUUUGAAGCAUAUGUAAAGGUAUUUCCUCCUUCCCUUUUUAAUUUAUUUUAUACAUAGUAUAUAUAUAUAAUAAAUCAGCUUUUAAAAUGUAGAUUAAAACUUUGUGUUAAAUUUGCCUAAGAUUUUUUUUUUCCCUUCAACCAAUGCAGUUGAGGCAUGACUUUUUGGAAGUCACUGGCUGAACUGAUUUUCACUGUUUUUAAGUUCUUAUGCAAUAUCGGUUAAUAAGAUUUAAUGUUAGGUCUGUAACUGUAGCUUGUGUUCUGUAAGAUUGCACAUAUAGCUUCAAAUAUUUAAGAGAAGUUUUCUGCAUACGUCUCAAUUGUCUGGAUUUUUCAUUUAAAGAAAUCUGCCAUUAGACAUUCCAUCACGAGACAGUUGAUGAGUGCCGGUUGCCAUGUUUGAUUGUACCAUAUAUAGUGAUAAACUUGACCAAACAUACUUGUAAACUAUUUUUUUGUUCAACUCUUUAAAAAAAAAAAAUCUAGGAAACUUACUGUGCAUAAUUAAAAGCUGACAAUUACUUACGUCUUGCUUAACAAUGGAGCAAUAUGAAGAUGCACAGAAUCGCAGGUCUUAGCCGUAGUAUGUCUGCGCAGAUGUAAACAAGGUGUAAAGCUUGAAUAUUUGAAGUCAGAUAGUAACGGUAGUUACUUGCGUGAUAUGCUCAAGGAACUUAUACCAGCAGGUAGGGGCAGCAGGGGUGUAGUUACUGACAUGUGCUACUUUGUUAAUGUCCUGGGUGUGAAAUAAGAGCUCAAUUUUAUCUGUGCUGGUAGAGGAACAAAUAGGUGCCCAGACCAGAGCGUGGAUAUAGCAGAUGAUCUUUCAGCCAUAAGUAAAUGCUUCACCAGGCUGCCUGCGAUGGUGAUGCUGGGAGGUGCGUAAGGGCUGUCGAAUCACUCAUUUCAUCACCUUUUUCAGUGAGACUUCUGCAUCCUUGCCCCCAGCAUGAUGGAUGCUUCGGAAAAUCUUCCAAACCAGUGGCUAAAUUUGCAGUCCUUGCGCAGGAGGAACGCUUAGGACUUGUACAAACCUUCUGAAUCUGUUACCGACUCCUUUCUUGGGUUUGGGUUUUUUUUUUUUUUUUUUUUAUUGUCAGGAACUGUGUUUUCUUUUUCAUUCCUGUGCUGCUAAGCCUACUUUUCAAUGUAAUGCUCCUCUUUGGAUCGCUGGGCCAUAGAGCUGUCCGUGUAUGUAUUGGCAGUGCAUCUUUUGUACGUUAAUUGCAUUACAGCGUUACCUUCUUUUGCUUGCACACCGAGUAUGUGCAGUAUUGCUCUAAUUUAUGAGCUAGACACUUGAGAGGUAUGAUCCUUCCAUGUAAUAUGCACUGAGAUAGCGUUACCGUCCUUCUAGAGGGAAAAACUUUGAACAAUAAAAAUUUUAAAUAGCAACCUGAGUUCUGUAUGUUUAAUC